AUCGUAUCUCUGUGCCAAAUAAUGCCGUACAUGAAGCGAUGCGGGCAAGACCUGUUUCGGUUUGGCUUGCACUCUUUACUCGAAGUCGAAGCCUUCGCUAUCCCUGUACGCAACCCAGCAGCAUUUUGUUGCAGGUUUUUCUGGUAGCUUGCAAGUUGCAGUUGACACGGCAAGGGCAAUGAGGCGUUUUACGAGAUCUCCCGAUGGAGAGGAAAUACAUGUCAGUGCACAGAUAUGCUUCUCUCCCUCUGCAACGCGGGUGGAUAUAUCCGCUCACCAUUCUAACCAAACGGCGGCUGAUAAUUGGCAGGUGGUCGCCUUCCUCUGUGCCUCACCGUUCGACCAUAUCUGGUAUUGGAAAAGCAAUGACCUGCUGGCUGGAAAUGCUAUACGCCUACGAAUACAUUUACGGUAUGACUGAUGGCAUCGCGUUGUGUCCUACCUCAGCCGGCGAUCUCUAGCACUAGUACUAGCCGAGAGACCGCGCGAGAAGCUAACUAACUAACUAGUCACAAGUCAGGUCGAAGAAGAGAAGAUGUCUUGUGCACGGGUUAUGGUGGCCCUGGCUCAAACUGCAAGGAUUUCCCCGGUGAUGAGUGGCAUGUUUUGUGUCUGGAGUGCUUCUUGACGCGGCCCAAGCUGUUUGAAGUGGCUUCAGUGCGCCGAAUUUGACCUGGAAGAGUUCUGGCAAGAGUGGCAUCCAGCUGAUUGGAAAGAGAGGCAGCGCACAGUGUGAGCUCAGUGUCACCAUUAGCACCAUAUUCAGCCGUGCUGUACCGCUUUACUACCGGUGGAGGCUUUGCCUAAGAGCUGAGAAUUGUUGUGAUUGCCCAGCAGCCAGUGGAAUAGAAUUGUGCACAGCCCAAGUCACCUGUCAGACGCACUGGAGCGUGUGUGCGUUUCCUGGCGUUUCCUUUCUGGGUUUCCUUUCUGCCAGGACGUGGAACGAUUCUGGGCGCACACCUGUGCAGGCUGUUAUUGAUACUAGACUUUGCACUUCAGCUGCGAAUGAGUAGAAACAAACCACUUGCCUGGUUUGGAAAAUUGAUAUCAAUUUUUCACAACACCGAAAUAUAUUGUACAUAUUUCGGUUUUUAAAAUUGUUUGAACCGUAGCCAUAGUACCAGCGAGUGCGCUGCGCCUCCCACUCUCUCUCUCUCUCUCUCUCUCUCUCACGGCAUGGCGAGUGCGGCAGUGUCCCGUUGUAGGCAGCACCAACAGCAGCAGCGGCCAGUCAAGCCCAGGUGUCCACGGCGCUCCGCCGUUCCCAGGCCGGUCGCUGAUGCUCCGCUAACGUUCACGCGUAGCUUUCACAGAUCAGGCGCCGUACGAACACCAAUACGGACGGUGUCGUUACUCUCCGCUGCAAUGGAGGCUUCCUUAAUGACUACAUACUGUCAGGUCACAAGUUUCUUGGCGCCGAUUUCCCCGGCAUCACCAGCAAAACCAUCGCAUUGCACGGAGAGUCACGCCGAUGACAUUCUGGAGGAUUUCCGUACUCUCAUCGCCGUCCUCCAUCCCAGACUGACACACAAUGGAGACAACAACGCUACGGUCGCAUUGCCCGCAGUCUCCUCGGCGCCCGAGUCUUCUGCCUCCCUUGCGACUGGCGGGAGCAGAAUGGGAGAAUUUGAGCUCACCAAACGAUCACUGACGGUGAAAAGCAGUCCGGACGGUUACGGAUUCGUGCUUCGCUCCAGUGCUCCCGUGCUGGUCAGCCAAGUGAAGCAAGGGAGUGCUGCGUGCAAUGCUGGUCUGCAACACGGAGAUCUCAUCGUGAAGGUCAAUGGCCAUGACGUGAGUGGUCGUAGUCAUGGGGAUAUCAUUCACCUGAUCAACUACAUGCCGGGAAGUCCGAUCACGUUCACCGUACUCACGCCCAGUUAUGAGAAGGGUGGCUCGGAGCUGGAGGUGUCCAGAGCUUGGGCACGUCACUAUCUACCUAAUUUCCUAGCCUCCGCGUCGUCAUCGCAAACAGGCGCCGGCGGCAAUGGCAGCAGUGGAAGCUCACCUCGCGUCUCCAACUCCAGCUCGACGACGUCGCUGAGCCAGCGCAGCAAGACGCCCACCACCAACGCGGCCAUCAACUCCGGCGGCAACCAGCGAGCCGACUCGCCGCUGUCGUCGUCGCACACGCCCCCGCUGGUUCGUCCCCGUGGCAACAGCUCCUCGUUCGCCGUACAGCGGCACGCGGCACACGGGGACAAUCUGAGCACCCCGUCCAAGACUCCGUCGUCGCCGUCUUCCUCGUCACUGCUCAUGCACUCUCCUGUGUCGCCAAUGUCAAGUGCUGACGACCAGGAUGGAUUGGAUCCGGCCGAGCGCAAGAAGAUGUUGCUACUAAGAGGUCCUGUCAACAUCUUUGCCGCUCCCAGCAGCACGCCGACGUCCCGCUCCUCCUCCGCCAGUGCCUCCAGUAGUGUACAGGUAUCGCCGUUCCCCUCGCCGGCCAGACAACCAUCGUCCUUGUCAGGCCCAACCGCCACCGGCAAGCCAAGUCAGAUCUCCAUGGCAGCGGCGGCGUCCUCAUCGCCACCACGAGCCAGCGAGGAAACCAGAAGCUCCCCAGCGGUGACACGGGACACCAGCGCACGCGCAGCGAAUAGCAGCCCCCGCACUGCACCGGUCGAGGAGGCAUGCCAGCGUGAUGCUGCCACUGCCGAUCUCAACACCGAGUGCAAGCCGAGAGAUAAGGAUGCGCUGAAUGCAGCAGCAGCGCGCAGCCAGCGCAACGCCGUUCCAGCUGUCGACGCUGACAUCGUUAAACCUGCUGCUGCUGCUGCUGACGCUGUGUCGGCGAGUGUGGAUAGCAAGGCGAUGGAGUCGAAAUCUCCCCACAGUGAGAGUUCCGCUUCCAAAGCGAUAGCAGUAGAUUCGCCUGCCAGUCUUGCUGCAAACACCGCAUCCGUCUUUGACCGGGACGAGGUCGCCGCCACCGCCGCAGUAUUUCCGUCCCCUAAGAGUCCGCGCACGGCUUCGUUUGCACUCGGCAGCAGUCCUGCCGUCGGACUCAAAGCCAAGGACGUGCAGGCGAGGACACGCUCGGUGUCCGUCACCGCUGGCUCGUCGUCGUCACCGCAGAGUCGCCGCGUUCCCGACCGCCCGCCGCCCAACGUGGACGUGGCGCUGCGCCAGAUCUCCGCCACGUUACACGCCCGGUUGCCGGCGCGUACGCCCUCUAACCCGGGCAGCCGCGCGUCCACGCCGACGACGGCCACGGCGCGGAAGAGCGGCGCGACCGCCGCCCUGGUUGGCCGCAGCGUUGCCGCGGAGACCACCUCCGGAAAGUCGUCACCGUCCAGCAGCCCUGGGCCGGGUUCGAGUGCUGACGUGCGUCGUCGCCUGUCCGUCAGAACCGCCACUAUGCCGGCGUGGCAGUGGUCGGCGCUGCAGGUACGCAAGUGGCUCGUGGUCAACGAGUACGAGGACGCCGCCGAUAUCGACCGGGUUCAAGGUUUGGAAGGUCUGCAGCUGCUCUCGCUGAGAGCGACCGAGCAAGUGUGGAAUACGCUGGGUGUGCAGCGCACCAAACAUCUUCUAGUGCUCAUCAAUGGCCUGCGCAAGGACCUGUCGCUGGAACCGCUCGUAUGGGACCAGCCAACGGAUGUGCGGGAAGUAGCGACGGAGCCGGAGCAGGGAUCAGAGACAGCAGCAACGUCUGGUGUCGAGAAGUCCACCGAAACUGUUGGCGCCAGCAUGGCUGAUACCAACGGGGACCUCUCUCAGGCAGGCGCGGGCGAGUCAGCAAGCGAUUCGGACGCAAAGGCCGCGGGGUCGUCAUCGUCGCCGGCGACGACCGUGAAAGACGUUCCCGUCGCCAUGCCGCGUCGCGUUACCCCGGUGAUUGUUGCCCAGCGUCCCAAGCGACCGCCACCACCGCGCUCAUCAUUGGCUAAGGACGCAAGCAGAACAAGUAUCAACGGAUUAUCCUCGGCCGAUGUGAGUGAUUGGCAAGCGAAGGAAGUCGACAAGUGGCUGCAUUCGUUUGGUGAACUAGAGUACAUGCUCUAUGCUGAGGUAUUCGCAGAGAAUGCGGUAACAG